UGGGAAACCACCGCCUCUCAGGACGGCCAAAAAGUCAUGGGCUGAAUAAGGAAAUGAAGCGUAAUUUGAGGAAGAUGGAUGAGCCCCCAGGGAAACACCCCCUUUUCAUUCCCCUUGUAUUGCAGAUGAUAACCAAUGCGCUCUCGCCGUCUCCUCCUCUGCGCGCACAUGGUGCGGCGGAGAGGGGCGGAGUGAGGAGGCGCGCAGAGGGGAGAGGUAGAUAGAUAGAUAGAGAGUGUGUUUAUGUCUCAGAGUGUGACAAAAAGGUAGCGCUUGGGCAACAAAGCGCCCGAGUGACUGACGCGCAGAGCUCGGGAGAGGCAGUCCGCGCACAGGGAUGACAGCACUCCAGAGGAUCUACUUUCAAUCCGCUCUUCGCUCAAACUGAAAGUUUGGCCCGGCGCGCAGAGAGGACACGCUGCUGUCAAGUUUUCACCCAAAUAAGAGGCUUUUCCUGCAGAUAUGCAGAGACCAGGCGGUCAGGGGACUGCGUUCUCCAUCGACUCCCUGAUAGGGACCCCUCAGCCCAGGCCGGGACACCUGCUCUACACGGGCUACCCCAUGUUCAUGCCCUACCGGCCGCUGGUUAUCCCGCAGGCUUUGUCCCAUUCGCCCCUGUCAUCUGGCAUACCUCCGCUCGCGCCGCUGGCCUCCUUCGCGGGGCGGCUCACCAACACGUUCUGUGCCAGUCUGGGACAGGGGGUACCAUCCAUGGUGGCGCUCACCACAACCAUGCCAAGUUUCUCGGACCCGCCGGACAGUUUCUACCCGCCGCAGGAGCUGCCCGGUCCGCGUUUGAGCGCAGCUGACCCCGGAGCGCGCAGACAGGAGAGUCCGCACUCCGAGGAGCUGCACAGCCGCGACAAGGCACAGGAGCUGCUCAACUUUUCGGAAACUUUCCAAACUAUAUCGGGUGAGACCAAACUGUACAGUUCAGAUGAGGAGAAGCUGGAUCUAAAAUCAGCAGACGCGGCAUGCAGCGACCGGGAGGACAGCUCCGCUGACAGCGAGAACGAGAGUUUCUCAGACGGGAACAACUGUGGGCCUCUGGGGUCCCAGAAGGGCAAACUAAAAAGCAGCUCCCAGGAGGCGCUGCCCACCGGCAGCUCGGCGGGGAAGAGCCGCAGGAGACGAACAGCUUUCACCAGCGAGCAGCUGCUCGAGCUGGAGAAGGAGUUUCACUGUAAAAAGUACCUGUCCCUGACCGAGCGCUCGCAGAUCGCGCACGCGCUGAAACUGAGCGAGGUGCAGGUGAAGAUCUGGUUUCAGAACCGCAGGGCCAAGUGGAAACGGAUCAAAGCCGGCAACGUCAACAACCGCUCAGGAGAACCCGUGAGGAACCCCAAAAUCGUGGUCCCCAUCCCCGUGCACGUCAACAGGUUUGCAGUGAGGAGUCAGCACCAACAGAUAGAGCAGGGGACCAGACCGUGAACUCAGAAAACAGAGUUUAAGAAUCCAAUUCAAAGACAGACACCCUGUUCCCCUGAUCUGCUGAGCGCAUGACGCACUAAACGGAGGAUUCAGUUGUUUGGUCUGAAAGGUGAGAGUUUGCUCACAAACAGAGAAUUUGGCAAUAUGUUUUUCUUUUUUAUUAUUAUUAUUUAUUGUGAUGUAAAUAUAUAAAUAGAAAUAAGGAGAAGUUAUGAGAUGUGGCUGUAAAUAUUUUUUAAGUAUUUAUGUAGGGCCGAAACGUUCUGUUGUGCAUGUUCUGAUUUGGUGACGGAAAAAAAAGUUUUUUUCUUUUCUUUUUGUGUUUCGUACAGUUUGUUGAGACACGUUUGCAUGUAACUGAAGAGUUUCGUUUGACAGGUGUGUGACAAACACCUUUCAGAGAUAUUUGUCGAAGAAGGACAAGAAAAAAAUGUGAAGGAAAUAACGACCAAACAAGGGACAGUUGUAAAUUAUAAUUGACCUAAUAAAUCACUUUAUAUGAAAUCCAGAUUGAAUCAUUAUUAUUUGGAGGAAAAUAACUAGAAUGUCUGACUAGUUUUUGAAUUUGUUAACUGAGUUUUCAUUUAAAAAAGCCGCAAGUGUUAAAUGGCAAGCAUCAAAUUUGCGCAAAUUUCUAUAAAACAUUUCCUCAAACAUUUUUAAAUAUUUGUAGAUUUUAUUAUUUUUAAUGUAUAUAUUUUAACUUAUUCAAGGCAAACAACAAGUUUCACUAAUCCUCCAAGGUUUUUCUCAAAUUAUUUUGAAUUUUCAAUUGUUUUCUUUUAGAAAUAACCUCAGAAGGUUGGAUGAGCGUUUUUCUAAAUGGCUGCAGUGAUUGAUUCCUCCUUAUGGGAGGCCAUGUAGUCUCAAGUGGACUGAUGGGUCCUCAUUAGCCUGGGCGCAUUCAACACACUGUAAUUAACUUCUCUGUGAGUCACGACAGGCCUCCAAACGGGAGCAUCCCCGACUCAUUUCUUGGCUGCAAAAUUUAUUUUGGCAAAAAAAAGGAGAACAAAAAAAAAAAAAAAAAA